AGGCUCAGAUUUAGAUGGAGAUGAAUAUGCAGUUUUGUGGUUACCAGAUUUAAUUUUUCAUAGUCAAAAUCUUCCGCCUGGAGAUUUUGAAAAUGUGACAGAACCAGAUGUUCCUUUGAUAGAAAAACUUCGGUUCUCCCCCUAUCGGGCUCAGUAGCAGCUCAAGGCUAUUCGACCCAACUUUUUUCUCUGUCUUAUCUCCUUACAAUAACAACCUAACCUUCCAAAACGUCAAGGUUUCAAUACGCAUGCUCUAACGUAAUACAGUACCCCUCCUGGUCUUUGGCCAAAACUUAUCCACUUGGCCUUAUUUACAUUUUGGAUUUGCAAUUUGUACUGAUAGCUACACCGCAGCCCAGUAUUAUUCUGCCUUUAGCCUCCGUGGGUGAAGGUCGCUCUUCCGCUGGUCUCAUGGCGAGCCAUGAUCAUAAGUCGAAUAUUCUUCCUCCGGACAAAUGCUUUCUCGAUUGGAGUGCGCCUAAUGACGAUUACACUGAUGAUGCUAUGACUGCUACUGAAUAUGGACCCUCUAAUUCUGAUGACGGACUCAACUAGGAAGCACAACUUGAUCAACUAAAUACGGAUCAUCGGAUAUUGAACUCGAAAAUUAAAACGACCAAGGAAACGAAAAAGCUAUUUGACGCCGCCAGGCCAGUCACUGCUCCGGAUACAUACACCGAAGGUUUUGCAAAGAUGCUUCGAGAAGGCAGUUUACAGAAGGAUUACCUCAUAGGUGCCAGAGAUGGUCAACUUUUUGGCUAAGUAUAUCAAGAAUGAUCAAGUUGGAACAAUAGCUAAUGCACACCUUGCUCACGCUGAUGCUGAAAGUAUUUUCUCAGAUGAAUGUAUCAGAAUUGCAAAUAUAUUCCACGUAGCUGUUGAUUUCGCAAAACAUGGAAGAAACGUGCAUCUUCAUCCUCUUGAUAGACCAAUGAAAUAUCCAGAUUUUAUGGAAAAUAUUCGAAAAGAGACAUAUAAAUCAAGGAAAGCGCUUGGUAAAAUGUACAGAAUUUGUAAAGACUUAGAGUCCGAAAAUGAAAGCGCAAGCAGUGACUAUUCGAAUGUACAGGUGGAUCCUUAUUUAAUAUAUCCAGGUUGGGAAAAAUAUAAAGAUGAUGCCUUGAAAAGUAGAAAUAAAUACAAUACCUUACUUCGAUCAGUUUUAAGGAACUAUGGUAUUCAGCAUGAAGCUGAAGCCUUUUCUGGAGCAUUCACGAAACUUCAUUGUCGAUUUCAAGAACGGAAUGAUCGAGCUGAAGUAGAAAAAGUUAUUAUGGGUUGUAUUAAAAGAUUGUCAAAAAGUAUGCUUGAACAAUUUUUAGAUGAAUUCAAAGAUACUGCAGAUAUAAAUACCACUCAGGAGUAUAUACUACAAAAGGCUUCCGCGUGGUACAUAGUAACGUAUAGUGACAGUGGUACUAAAUUUCUUAGCUUUCCUUGGACCGUUUCUACAUAUUUAUCUAACAUAAAAAUUAAAAAUUCAUCUUUUAAUCCGCUGCCUGUUUCACCGCUCAUUGCUAAUAUGGAUGGACAGAUAAAACUGUGUGAAGCUAAAAAUAUUCUACCCCACCCUAUAGAAACAGAUAUUUGGUUAGAAUAUGAAUUUUUGUGUGAUCCCAUAACAGUAAAGCUUGCAAGCAGAGUAUUGAUUCUAUGGGCCCAAGAUGAGCAGAUAAUUGACAGAUCGAGUUACAGCCACACAGGAUUUCUGUAUCCGAAUACUUUAAUCAGACUUUUUCUUCACGUUGCUGAACUUGCGCAUUAUGUUUUUAAAAAAGGGAAACAGAUGUCUUCCACAGAGAAAAAAGUCUUCUCGCCAGCAUCUCUAGUUUUAGAAUUUUUUAGAUUUUGCACAGCUUUACGUUUCUAUAAUAAAAAUGAAAUAUCCAGCGUGAUUCCUUUUUCGGUGUAUAAAUACAGUAAGCUGGCUAAAUCAGCUGUAGUUGCAUACCACAGGUUUGCUUUGUCAGGUGAAUUUCAUUGCUUAAAUGUGGAGAGAAUUAAUAUUGAAGAAAAAAUGGAGAUGAAUCCAAUACAGAUAGAAAGUAAAAUAUUCCCUAAAGUGCCUAUUGAUGCACAAACGUUACAAAAGGCACAAGAUGCUCUGAUAAAAUAUUCAGGUGUAGAGGAUGUAACAAUGCGAGAAAUUCGGCAAACUAAAAAAGUUUGUGUUACUGCCUAUGGUUCUGAACUAUCAAUCAAGAUAUUGAAAGGCAUUUUGAGAAAGCAUGCUGUAUUAAGAACACUUUUUAUAGAUGGAAGAAUGCCAGAUGAAUGAAUAAUCUGCUUUGCUUCAUGUGUAUAUUUUCCCCCCAAUUUUAAAGUAUUUCACUCAUAAUUAUUGUAUCAUUAUAUAUUUUUCCUGACAAUUUUUUUAUACAAAUCUAGUUUAAAUUACUGUUUGUUCUUUUAAUUUUGUUGUUAUAAUGUUUCUCUCAUUUUCUACAUUAUUUUUCAUUUGUAUUUCUUUAAAAAUGGAAUUAUGUUUUCAAUGCCUGUAUUUCCUGAUGUAUGUUCACGUUCUGUUUAAUGAAUAAUCUGGACUAUUUUUUAAAGUAAACUAGUAAUUUUUUUUAUAUAUGUAUUUAGAUCUUCAAUUUUCAGUCUUUUUCUAAUACAGUAUUUUUUUAUAUUUAUAUCUUUGUAAUUGCAUAAGCUUACAUUUUUA